GCUAACGUUAGGCUAGUUAGAUGUAGCUAGCUAGCUUUAGAUUCUUGUCGGCGUACGCAGCUGUAGAAUGAACAUUAUACACACGAUUAUUGAGGGAUACUAAUGAAACUCCUUGGUGUCACUUUAUUUUACAGUCGCACUACUGUUGUUGUCGACGUCUCCCGUUUAGUUGUUUUCAUCAUUAGCUGUCCCGUCUUGGUCAGUUAGCUAGUUAGCCCCUUCAGCUAGGCACAGUAGCGUAUGGGUGUCAAAGUUAGCCGUGACUUCACCGGGUGUCUGGUUGCCUGAUCUCACAUUUCGGACACGUCAAGGUUCCUCAAAUCUGUAUCUUGAUUUUGGGGGCUGUGAUGUCAGAGCCCAAGACCCCCACUCCAACCCCAGCUGGCGACACAUACAAAGGAUGGGUGUUCAAGUGGACAAAUUACAUCAAGGGUUAUCAGCGGAGGUGGUUUGUCCUGAGCAAUGGGCUGUUGUCAUAUUACAGGACCCAGGCAGAGAUGGGCCACACAUGUCGGGGCACAAUCAACUUGGCCACAGCAACUAUCACUGUGGAUGAUGCCUGCAACUUUGUCAUCUCUAAUGGUGGGGCACAGACGUAUCACCUGAAGGCCAGCUGUGAGGUGGAACGUCAGCGCUGGAUCACUGCCCUUGAGCUGGCCAAAGCAAAGGCGGCACGCAUGCAGGCUGAGUCAGAUGACUCUGGGGAUGACUUCUCACCAUCAUCUGCACCAGUGGCACCCGGACAAGGAGGCGGGUCGCAGAAUUCAGAGGUCCAGUCUGCUCUCAGAACACUAGGCAGCAAGGUGGAGGAUCUCAGCACGUGCAACGACCUGAUCUCAAAGCAUGGCUCUGCCCUCCAGAGGUCUUUAUCAGAACUGGACAGUUUGCGUCUGACUGGAGAGGCUGGGGAUAAGAUUCGUCAGGUCACAGAAAGGGCCACGUUGUUCCGCAUCACGUCUAAUGCCAUGAUUAAUGCGUGCCGAGACUUCCUCACUCUGGCUCAGGCUCACAGUAAGCGAUGGCAGAAGGCCCUGCAGGCGGAACGGGACCAGAGAGUGAGGCUGGAGGAGACUUUAGAACAACUGGCCAAGCAGCACAAUCACCUGGAACGAGCGUUCAGAGGGGCUGCGCAGGCUAAUGCUACAGCAGACAAUAAAAGUGCUGCAGGGCCGGGGAAAGGUGAGGCCAGCGAUGAGGAUGAUGACAAUGAGUUCUUUGAUGCCAUGGAGGAGGCUCCUGAGUUUAUCACUGUUCCUGCAGACCCACAAUUUCACAAAAGGUCAAGCAGUAAUAUCAGCGGUUUCAACAGUGAAAUGUGUCCUGACGAUCAGUCGCUUAAUGAGGAGCCCCUUGCGAUGAACCAGGAAUCCCCCUCUCAGGAGUUGGUGCCCUUGAAAAAGAGGCGGACACGCAUUCCAGAUAAACCCAACUAUUCCCUCAAUCUGUGGAGUAUCAUGAAGAACUGCAUUGGCAAAGAGCUGUCCAAGAUCCCAAUGCCUGUGAACUUCAACGAGCCCAUUUCGAUGCUGCAGCGGUUGUCGGAGGACCUCGAGUACCACGAGCUGCUGGACAAGGCCUCCAAGUGCCAGAGCUCCCUGGAGCAGAUGUGUUACGUGGCAGCCUUCUCCGUGUCCUCCUACUCGACCACCGUGUACCGCACGGGCAAGCCCUUCAACCCUCUGCUGGGAGAGACGUAUGAACUGGACCGCCGGAGAGAGAGUGGCUACCGCUCUCUCUGUGAGCAGGUGAGUCACCAUCCCCCUGCAGCAGCACAUCAUGUGAUUUCUGAUCGCGGCUGGACCUUGAGGCAGGAAAUCACUGUUGCUAGCAAGUUCAGGGGAAAAUAUCUCUCCAUUAUGCCUUUAGGCACAAUUCACGCAAUCUUUGAAAAGGGCAACAAUCACUACACAUGGAAGAAAGUUACCACCACAGUGCACAACAUCAUUGUGGGGAAACUUUGGAUUGAUCAGUCUGGAGAAAUAGACGUAGUGAACCACACCACCGGAGACCGCUGCCAUCUGAAGUUUGCUCCUUACAGCUACUUCUCCAGAGAUGUGGCCAGGAAGGUGACAGGUGUGGUGAUGGACAAAGACGGCAAGGCCCACUAUGUGUUGUCGGGGACGUGGGAUGAGAAGAUGGAGUUCUCCAGAGUGAUGCAGAGCAGUCGAGGUGGAGAGAACGGAACCGAGGGCAAACAGAAGACGGUUUAUCAAACACUCAAAGCCAGAGAGGUCUGGAGGAGGAACCCUUUACCUGACGGAGCAGAGACCAUGUACUACUUCACUGCCUUGGCUCUGACCUUAAAUGAGCCUGAGGAGGGCGUGGCACCCACCGACAGCCGACGCCGGCCUGACCAGCGUCUGAUGGAGGACGGCCGCUGGGAAGAGGCCAACGCUGAGAAGCAGCGGCUGGAGGAGAAGCAGCGCAGCGCCCGGCGGGAAAGAGAGAGAGAGGCCGCCAGCCAACGCACCUCCAGCCAAUCAGAAGAAGCUGUCGAUGAGGACUCUCUUACUGAUCCCUCCUUAAAAAGUGCACCUCAUGACAACUACCAGGCACUUUGGUUUGAGCGCUGUGAGGACCGGAUCACAGGUGAGCAAAUCCAUAUCUAUAAGGGAGGCUACUGGGAAGCUAAGGACCGUGGCAGCUGGGAGGGUUGCCCAGACAUAUUUUGACCUCGGUGUUGCCUGCAAAGUGCCCUGAAGAGACUGAUCCAUCAAAGCCGCCUGGUGGACAGCUACCACAAAGGCCUGCUUGUCCCCUACUUGGACAGCUGCUUCCCUCCAGUGGCUCUCUGUUCUAAGAGAUCUCCAGGACGGUCACUGCUGUCUGAUCCAGAGGGAGCAGGGUUAUCCCUCUGGCUUCCCUCAUCCCCAUUUUGGUUCCUGUCUCCUUGAGUCUUAGCAUCUACCCCUUCAUUGCCGUCACACAUCUGAGAGGACUGGAAUGAAAAUUCUAUGCUGCUUUGACUCGGGUCUGGCUGAGCAUAAGGGGGAGGAAAUGAAAUGGGCAGUGCUUCCAAAUCUAUAGUAGAUCGUUCUUUUAGUCUCUCUGCUCAAGUCUGUUCAGUCUCUCAGAUCAGGAGCAGAAGAGGUUUUGUGCUGAUAACACCCUGUGAGAUAAUGUAGUGUUCCUAUCGUCAUCCACAGCAUUGUGUGCUUUGGUAACAACUCUAAAAAAAAAAAAAAAGGGGG